UAAAAUCCUUUGAUGCACAAAAGUUUUCAUUUUGAUCAAAUCCAGAAGCUGUGGUGUUUUCAUUAUUUGAAUAUAUCCCAAAACAGACUCUAAGCGAUGGAUUUCUAGAAUUCUACAAAUUCUGGUAAAGAGCUUUUCCUGGGGCCUGUGCUAUUUAACGAUAUCAUUCCAGGAGGUAUGAAUGGGGCCAGGCUUACUAACCCUGUGGAUAAUCUGGCAUGGGCCAGCUGGAUUUUGGAAUCACCUGCAGUUUUCACUUUUCCCUUGGGGGAAUGGGCCUGGCAGGAAGGAAAAUGGAACCUGAAGGGGAAUGUUGAACAGCUGUUUUCCAUCUUCCCUGAAGAAAAAGAGGAGGAAACAGACUUACAGCAAGCAUCAUGAGGGAUUUAUGCUAAAUACGAGGAAAUUCUUUCUGAGUAUUUUAAAAACCUUAUUCCAUAUGGAAUAAAGUUUAAAAAUACUCAGAAAAAAACUUGCUCGUAUUGCUGAAGGAGGCCUUUGAGUUCUCUGUUUAGAAAGAUUUAAGUGAGGUGUCUUAAAGGGACGUUAGCCUUUGUCUCUGGGGGGCUCUAACCUCAUAACUUCUGCUCUCAUCUGGAUUUGAAAAUCUUAGAAAUGAAAGACGAUUUAAUUAUGUGAAUGUGGAAGAAAUAGUCAGUUUUAAUGUUUAAAAUGCAAAUUGCCUUUACAGUUUCUGUUGUUAUUGUGUGCUCUGGAGUCCAUUUUGACGUGACCACAUGUGACAGAGUACAACUGCCCCUUAGCAUUUUCCUGGCUGUAAUCUUUACAAGAGCAGAUCUCCAGGUCUUUCUCCCGAAGAGCCACUGGGUUGGGGUUCAAACCGCUAACCCUUUGGCUUGCAGCGGAGCGCUUAACUGGUUGUGACACUGGGGCUCUUUUACAGUUCCUACUUAGCAUUUUUAUUGUAUUAAAACAAAGUAUUUAUCAACUGGUUAAAGACUGAUUGUAUAAGAUUUGUUUCACCUUUCUCUCCAUAUCAAUACUACAGUAUCUUAAAACUCCUCUUCUCUAUGCUCCAUCUGUUUUCUUCCCAAUCAGGUCACUUUUCUCUAUGUUUCUUUUAUAUUCUAGAAAACUUUAAAAAAAUGUCUUAGCACCAGACUGUGGUAUUUCAUUGGGCUUUUCAUCACCAUCUUUUUAUGUUUCACUACUUAGGCUUUUAUAGUAACCAGGCUGUAAGCAGCAGGAAAGGAGUCUCUUGAAUGUGUGAGGUGUUUUAUCAGUCACAUGGUCAAAAUAUGGAGGCUGCCUAAGUCAGAUGGAGGCUGGAAACUUCUCUCAAACACCAAACUUCUUUUUGUAGCAGUGUUUAUGGUUAGAAUUAACAAUAUUUCUAGAAGGAGAAUGUUAAUUUAGUUUAAGAGGAUACACUUCACAGGAGAAAUGAUAUUAUGGUUUCAGGCCAAUGGUUAUGUUUUCUCUUAAUGUUAAAAUCAGGUAGUACUUAAGAUGUAAUUAUUUUAAAAGCAGAUUCAUUUUGAUGGAAGAAACCAAAAGAAACAAAACAAACCCAUUGCCAUCAGGUGAAUUCCAGCUCAUGACAACCUCAUGUGUUACGGAGUAGAACUGCUCCAUAGGGUUUUUUGGGCAGUAAUCUUUAUGGAAGUAGAAUGCCAGGCCUUUCUUCCAUGAUGCCACUGUGUGGGUUUGAACCACCAGCUUUUAGGUUACUAGUUAAGUGCAAUUUGCUGGAAAAUGUUCUUUUAGCUGAUAUUGGGUCAGUGGAAAUGGGGGAUACGAAGAACGUAGAGCCCAACAAAGUCUCGCGCAAUUGGAAGUAUUUUAAUUUAGCUUUUCAGCCUAUAGUUUUAAACAGUUUUCACAAUUAUCUUUCUGAAGGAAACUGAUUCUUGGAAGCACUGAAAAAGCUGUAAAGUUUUCUUAGAUAAGAGUAGCUUUCACUGCCCUCUUUGUCGUGAGUUCAUUUUCUUGUUUUUCUCAUCGUCUGUCUUUACCUAAGUCUUUCAUAAGGUACUAGUACUAAUGAGAACCUAGGAGAAAUGGGGAGCAAAAUAAGAAUUGGUCUGUUGCUGUUAUAUAGCAGUUCAAUUUAUCCUUUUGUAAAUGCUGGUGUGAAAGUUUAAGAUUCUCCUUUUUUCUGAGGAAACCAGUAUUGUUCAGGUCAGGCUUAUCCUGUUAUCAAUGUGUGUUACAUUAGCAUUCUAAGAUUUUCACCAUUCAAAUUUGUAGACUUAAUGUGGUUUACAUAGAAUUAUUCUGGAUAAAAUGUAAAUUAACAAAUGGUAUUGGAAUGUCUGCUAUGGGAACUCCAAACAUUCUGUUUCACCACUGCUUACUAAAUUUCAUUGUGCAGUUUUCGAUAAAGUGGAAUCACUCCCAAAAUCUCUUGGUGAAGGUAUGUGUGGCAGUAUUUAUACUACUAAAUUGCCAUAAAAUGAUAAACCCUAUGCCUAAAGAAGUUGAACUGGCAGUGUUAGAGUAGUUAUAUUACAGUUCGUUUUUUUGUGUGCUUAUACUUUUUUUUUCCCCUUGUUGGUGAAGCCACUGAAGUUUGGUUCCGUGAUUUCAAGCUUUAAAAAGGAUAAAUCUGUGUUACUUGGGAAUAAAUGCCUUGAUACAUAACUUUUUCCAAUGUCCUUUUGAACCUGGAGGGUCAGAUAAAAGAACAUUGUACUUUAGUGAUAGAAAUACUGAAAGGAUUUAGUCAUUGGGCAGGUAUUUGCCAGGUACUUAUGUGUUUUGGGGCCGUCUGGUUGGAGGGGAGAAGGGGCAUGGUCUCCAGCCUUGAGGAGCUAUAAAAUCUGGCUGGAGAAGGAUAACUGAGUAUGAAACUUCACUGGAACAAUUAAAUGCUGAGCAGAGACAAACGCAUGCAGCAGAAUUUCUGGAAGGGAGAAACCCGUGAGGGUUACAUGGACAGAGAACACUCAACUAGCAGGGGAGAAUGAAUUGGGCCCCAGGGGAUUUUAUGAGAAAAAGGGGAGGGGAGAGAGUGUUGCAGGCAGUGCCACCAGCAGAGCAAAGGCGCUGGAAGGAGAGCAAGCAGAGAAGUAGGGGAGCUGUCAGGUCAAAGAGAACUUCUUGGAAAAAUCCUGGGAUAUCACUUAUCUCUUUUGAUGACAUUCUUUUUCCUUUCUUCAUGUGUUCUUUCAUUGUUUUCCACAAACAAUUUUUGAUGGCCUGUACCUUAUGUAGUGAAUUAUGCUUGACACCAUAGGAGAGAUGAAGAAAGACUAAGACCAUUGCCUCCUAGUAGCGUAUACCUGAGUAGGGGAGAUCCACCUCAAAUCCUGUUUGGAUUCAGAGAGGGAUGAGAUAGUAAAUGUGAGGAAAAAAAAAAAAAUGGAUCUUCAUAUAAACCACAUGCUAUUGACUCAAUUCUGACUUAUAGCAACCCUAUAGGACAGAGUAGAACUGCCCCAUAGGGUUUCUAAGGCUGUGAUCUUUAGUGAAGCAGACUGCCACAUCUUUCUCCCGUGGAGGGACUGGUGAGUUCAUACUGCUGACCUUUGAGUUAGCCUCCAAGCACUUAACCGCUGCGCCACCAGGGGUCCUUGGUUAUGCACGUAAUUAACACAAAUGUGUAGUUGUUGUUGUUGUUAGUUGCCAUUGAGUUGCUCUGAUGUGUAAUGACCUUACAUAUAAGGGAAUGAAACAUUGCCCAGUCCUCAGCCAUCCUCAUGAUUGUUGGUAUGUUUGAGUCCAUUGUUUUGGCCAGUGUGUCAGUCCAUUUCACUAAGGGCCUCCCUCACGUUUGCUGACCCUCCAUUUUACUAACCAUGAUGUCUUUUUCUAGUAACUGAUCUUUCCUGAUGGCAUGUCUAAAGUAAGUGAACUAAAGUCUCACCAUAGUCACUUCUAAGGAGCAUUCUGGUUGUAUUUCUUCUAAGACCGAUUUGUUCACUCUUCUGGCAGUCCACGGUAUAUUCAGUAUUCUUCAGCAACACCACAAUUCAAAUGUAUCAGUUCUUCUUCUGUCUUCCUUUUUCAUUGUUCAGCUUUUCCACACAUAUGAGGCAAUUGAAAAGACUGGCUUGGGUCAGGCAUACCUUAGUCAUCAAAGUGAUAUCUCUGUUUUUUUGACACUUUAAAGAGGUCUUUGGCAGCAGAUUUGCCUAAUGAAAUACAUUGUUUGAUUUUCUAACUGCUGUUUCCAUGGACGUUGAUUGUUGAUCCAGGUCGAAUGAAAUCGUUGACAAUUUCAGUUUCUUCUUCAUGUAUAGUAGAUACAGCUAAAACUGUAAACAUUCUUAUUGACCCCUUUUGGAAUGCCUAAUUCACAUACCACCUUCUCAGUGCAUCCUUCUUUGUUCACUCAAGCUGGGAGGGUCAAUCUGCUUCUGUAAAUUUCAGAGUACUUUAUCAUUCUCAUGGAAACCUUUUAGCUUUUAUUUUAAUGGUUUGUGUAAACAUCUUGUUUCUUCUGCCAUCUUAUAAGAUGGAAUAAGAACUUUCAUGGCUGGCCCCAUCCCUGAAUUCUCAAAGAAUAUUGAACAAUGCAUAGAUGGGUUCACAGGCAGAGACCAUUUAUGAACGUUGAUCCCAGGAAAGACUUCAUAGACAGCAUUAUGUUCUUUGAAUGAGAAAGUUUGUGAAGUUGGGUAUGGGACAGGUGGAGAGAAGGAACCCCAUAAGAGAAACACUGAGAGUAAAGGGCAGAAAUAUGAAUUGUGCUUAAGCAGGUCAGUGUGAGAGUUUGCAUAAGGAAGAAAUGAGUGAUAGGAUUGGAACAAUAGCUCAGACUAGACUGUGGAAACUCAGACAAGAAGGUUAUUUUGCUGUGGGAAAUAGAGAUUCUUGAAUAGGGAAGUGAUAAUUACUAUGGUGAUUUCUUCGUAAGGCAUUUUAUGGUUUACAAAGGUAGUUAUUUCAUGGUUAGUGUUGAUCAGACUGCUUGGGUUUAUCUCUUGGUUCCUUCACUUUCUGUGUGGCUCUGGGAAAGUUACUUGAUCAGUCUGUGCCUCUGUUUUCUCACCUGUAAAAAGGGGAUAAUAUUAAUAUCUACACCAUGAGGCUGUAAUGAGGAUUUAAUGAGUUAAUAAUCCAUGUGAAAUAUUGAGCAUAGUUUCUGGCACUAGGCAAGGUCUAUGUAAAUUUAUUGUUUAUAGUAGCCUGGGAGGAUAUACAACAAAAAUUAGAAUUUCUGCGUUAAUAAUGAGAAAAAUUGUAAAGCCUGGACUCCAAGUCAACUCUUUUGUGUGUACCACAGUGUAGCCAUGAUAUGCCAAAAGGAUUAUAGAAAAGAGGGGAAAUGUGUAGGUUUGUAUGAGAAACGUUUAAUGAGCUGCCUCGGCUUUUCUGUCUCCUGUUUGCCUGGACCUGUAGUAUUCCAUGGAUUACCACGGUGAUGGACGUGUCAUGGAGGGCCUUGGGACAUCGGUGUGCUCCUCAUCUUCUGAAAGUAUAUUCCGCCUUUCUUCCUUCUCUCCAGCAUGGCACAGUCUGUGACUUCUUUCUGUGUUGGACUGGAAAAAAGGACCUUUCGAAGAUGGUUUGGCUGCCUUGGAGAUUUGGAGAUCUGAUGCCACGAUGAGGACUCACACACGGGGGGCUCCCAGUGUGUUUUUCAUAUAUCUGUUUUGCUUUGCAUCAGCCUACAUCACCGACGAGAACCCAGAAGUCAUGAUUCCCUUCACGAAUGCCAACUAUGAUAACCACCCAAUGCUGUACUUCUCCAGGGCAGAGGUGGCAGAGCUGCAGCUCAGGGCUGCCAGCACGCACGAGCACAUUGCAGCCCGACUCACUGAGGCUGUGCACACCAUGCUGUCCAGCCCCUUGGAAUACCUCCCUCCCUGGGAUCCCAAGGACUACAGUGCCCGCUGGAAUGAAAUUUAUGGGAACAACUUGGGUGCCUUGGCAAUGUUCUGUGUGCUGUAUCCUGAAAACAUUGAAGCCCGAGACAUGGCCAAAGACUAUAUGGAGAGGAUGGCAGCGCAGCCUAGUUGGUUAGUGAAAGAUGCUCCUUGGGAUGAAGUCCCUCUUGCUCACUCCCUGGUUGGUUUCGCCACUGCCUAUGACUUCUUGUACAACUACCUGAGCAAGACGCAACAGGAGAAGUUUCUUGAAGUCAUUGCCAAUGCCUCAGGCUAUAUGUAUGAAACCUCAUACAGGAGAGGAUGGGGAUUUCAGUACCUGCACAAUCAUCAGCCCACCAACUGCAUGGCUUUACUUACAGGAAGCCUUGUCCUGAUGAAUCAAGGGUAUCUCCAAGAAGCCUACUUAUGGACCAAACAAGUUCUGAGCAUCAUGGAGAAAUCUCUGGUCUUGCUCCGAGAAGUGACGGAUGGCUCCCUCUAUGAAGGAGUCGCUUAUGGCAGCUACACCACUAGAUCACUCUUUCAGUAUAUGUUUCUUGUUCAAAGGCACUUUGACAUCAACCACUUCGGCCAUCCAUGGCUUAAACAACACUUUGCAUUUAUGUAUAGAACCAUCCUGCCAGGGUUUCAAAGAACUGUGGCAAUUGCAGACUCAAAUUACAACUGGUUUUAUGGUCCAGAAAGUCAAUUAGUGUUCCUGGAUAAAUUUGUCAUGCGUAACGGCAGUGGUAACUGGCUGGCUGAUCAAAUCAGAAGGAACCGUGUGAUGGAAGGUCCAGGGACCCCAUCCAAAGGGCAACGCUGGUGCACUCUUCACACAGAGUUUCUCUGGUACGAUGCCAGCUUGAAAUCCGCUCCUCCUCCAGAUUUUGGCACUCCGACAUUGCAUUAUUUUGAAGACUGGGGUGUUGUAACGUAUGGAAGUGCGCUCCCUGCAGAAAUCAACAGAUCUUUUCUUUCCUUCAAGUCGGGAAAACUUGGGGGGCGUGCAAUCUAUGACAUUGUGCACAGAAACAAAUACAAAGAUUGGAUCAAAGGCUGGCGGAAUUUUAAUGCCGGGCAUGAACAUCCCGAUCAAAAUUCAUUUACCUUUGCUCCCAAUGGUGUGCCUUUCAUCACCGAAGCUCUGUACGGGCCAAAGUACACCUUCUUCAACAACGUUUUGAUGUUUUCCCCGGCCGUGUCAAAGAGCUGCUUUUCUCCCUGGGAGGGUCAGGUUACAGAAGACUGCUCAUCCAAAUGGUCUAAAUACAAGCAUGACCUGGCAGCUAACUGUCAGGGGAGAGUGGUUGCAGCAGUGGAGAAAAAUGGCGUGGUUUUCAUUCGAGGAGAAGGGGUGGGAGCUUAUAACCCCCGACUCAGCCUAAAGAACGUUCAGAGGAAUCUGAUCCUCUUGCAUCCCCAGCUUCUCCUCCUUGUGGACCAGAUACACCUGGGAGAGGAGAGCCCCCUGGAGACAGCAGCAAGCUUCUUCCACAAUGUGGAUGUUCCUUUUGAGGAGACAGUGGUAGAUGGGGUCCAUGGGGCUUUCAUCAGGCAGCGAGAUGGCCUCUAUAAAAUGUAUUGGAUGGAUGAUACUGGCUACAGUGAGAAAGCAACUUUUGCUUCAGUGACAUACCCUCGGGGCUAUCCCUAUAAUGGGACAAACUAUGUGAAUGUCACCAUGCACCUUCGAAGUCCCAUCACCAGGGCAGCUUACCUCUUCAUAGGGCCAUCUGUAGAUGUUCAAAGCUUCAGUAUCCAUGGAGACUCUCAGCAACUGGAUGUGUUCAUAGCCACUAACGAACACGCCUAUGCAACUUACCUUUGGACAGGUGAGGCCACAGGGCAGUCUGCCUUUGCACAGGUCAUUGCAGAUCGCCAGAAAAUUCUUUUUGACCGGAGUUCAGCCAUCAAGAGCACCACUGUGCCUGAGGUAAAGGACUAUGCUGCAAUUGUGGAACAGAACCUGCAGCGAUUUAAGCCAGUGUUCCAGCUACUGGAGAAAGAGAUCCUAUCCCGAGUCCGGAACACAGCUAGCUUUAGAAAGACUGCUGAGCGCCUGCUGAGAUUUUCAGAUAAGAGACAGACUGAGGAGGCCAUUGACAGGAUUUUUGCCAUAUCACAGCAGCAGCAGCAAAAGUCAAAGAAGAACCGAAGGGCAGGCAAAGGUUACAAAUUUGUGGAUGCUGUCCCUGAUAUUUUUGCACAGAUUGAAGUCAAUGAGAAGAAGAUUCGACGAAAAGCUCAGAUUUUGGCACAGAAAGAACAGCCUAUAGAUGAAGAUGAAGAAAUGAAAGACCUUUUAGAUUUUGCAGAUGUAACGUAUGAAAAACACAAAAAUGGUGACUUGGUGAGAGGCCGGUUUGGACAGGCACGGAUGGUGACAACUACUCGCAGCAGGGCCCCAUCAUUGUCUGCUUCAUAUACCAGACUGUUCCUGAUUCUGAACAUUGCUAUUUUCUUUGUCAUGCUGGCAAUGCAACUGACUUAUUUCCAGAGGUCCCAGAGCCUACAUGGCCAAAGAUGUCUUUACGCAGUCCUUCUAAUAGAUAGCUGUAUUUUAUUGUGGUUGUACUCUUCUUGUUCCCAAUCUCAAUGUUAG